AAAACUAAUAUUCUUCAGCAUAUGGUCAAAAGUCUUCGCUAGAGAUCCAGACAAACAAACAAACAAACAAACAACAAAAUCCUUAAGCCUCCUCUCCCAGAUCACCCAGCCCCACCCCCACCUCCCACCUCCCACCUCCGCGCUUUCGGCCAACUUCCCAAGCUCGGAAAAGUGCGGCACAGGACACCGCAGCUGGGGUGGGGGGGGGGGGACCUGCUGCUGGGAGAUGCGGCGGCUGCCGCGCAGCUGACCGACGCGGGAGCUCCGGGAGCGCCUCCGCGCAGAUUGAAAGCCCAGCAGCCAUCACACACGCUGGCCUGUGGUGGCACUUGUAUGUGUGUUUCUAAGUCAAUGAUGAGGGUAUCAGAACCGAUACUGGACAUGGAGAUGGCAAAUUACAGUGAAGUAUUGGACCCAACUUACACUACUUUGGAGUUUGAAACUAUGCAGAUUCUGUAUAAUUCAAAUGAUAGCUCUGCUCCAGAGACAACAAGUAUGAAUACCACAGACAAUGGUGUCAACUGCCUAUGUGCCAUAUGUGGGGACCGAGCGACGGGAAAGCAUUAUGGAGCAUCAAGCUGUGAUGGGUGUAAGGGCUUCUUCAGACGCAGCAUACGCAAGAGUCAUGUUUAUUCCUGCAGGUUCAGUCGGCAAUGUGUUGUUGACAAGGACAAAAGGAAUCAAUGCAGAUAUUGUCGAUUAAGAAAGUGUUUCAGAGCAGGAAUGAAAAAAGAAGCUGUGCAAAACGAACGGGAUAGAAUAAGCACCAGAAGAAGCACAUUUGAUGGCAGCAACAUCCCCUCCAUUAACACACUGGCUCAAGCAGAAAUUCGGUCUCGCCAGAUCUCAGUCUCCAGCCCCGGCUCAAGCACUGACAUAAAUGUUAAGAAGAUUGCAAGUAUCGGUGAUGUCUGUGAGUCCAUGAAACAACAGCUCCUCGUCUUGGUGGAAUGGGCUAAAUAUAUUCCUGCCUUCUGUGAGUUGCCACUGGAUGACCAGGUCGCACUGUUGAGAGCUCAUGCAGGAGAACAUUUACUGCUUGGAGCUACGAAGAGAUCCAUGGUGUACAAAGAUAUUUUGCUUUUGGGGAACAACUAUGUAAUUCACCGUAACAGCAGUGAAGUUGAGAUCAGCCGUGUGGCCAACCGGGUUCUAGACGAGCUGGUACGACCAUUUCAAGAAAUUCAGAUAGAUGACAACGAAUACGCUUGUUUGAAGGCAAUCGUAUUUUUUGAUCCAGAUGCAAAAGGGCUGAGUGAUCCGGUAAAGAUUAAGAACAUGAGGUUCCAAGUGCAGCUCAGUUUGGAGGACUACAUCAACGACCGGCAGUACGACUCCCGGGGGAGGUUUGGCGAGUUGCUCCUGCUCCUGCCCACGCUGCAAAGCAUCACUUGGCAAAUGAUUGAGCAAAUACAGUUCGUGAAGCUUUUUGGGAUGGUUAAAAUCGACAACCUACUUCAAGAAAUGUUACUGGGUGGUGCUUCCAAUGACGCUAGUCAUCUCCAUCAUCCCAUGCAUCCACAUUUGUCUCAAGAUCCAUUAACUGGACAAACUAUACUUUUAGGUCCCAUGUCAACGCUGGUUCAUACGGACCAGAUCUCAACUCCUGAGACCCCGCUCCCUUCCCCACCACAGGGCUCUGGACAAGAACAGUACAAAAUAGCCGUCAACCAAGCUUCGGUGAUUUCACACCAGCCUCUCUCCAAACAAAAGCAAUUGUGAGAGUGUGUUUACUCCUGAAUGGCACUGCGUAAAUGUGAAAACUUGUUGGUCUUGACAUAACUCAGGAUAGUACUUUUGGCAAACUUUGAGCCAAGGCUUCUUUAUGGUGCUGUUGUAAGAUGGGAUCCUGUUUUUUUUUGUUUGUUUGUUUAUAGGCUCCUUUUGUUUGUUGUCCCUAUUGUUUAAAACUUUCCAGUGUGAGCAGUGUAUAUCUGAAUUUCCACAUGUCUGUAUAGUGUAUUUUUCCAACUUCCCUUGCACUGUCCCUGAACUAGUUGAAUCUUAUGUACUGCUUUCAUUUGUUGUCUUGAUAUUAAUUUAAAUCUGUAAAUAAUUGCUUCGUUGUGAUGUGAUGCAGAACUAAGUGGUCUUUUUUGACCAGAGCAGUAAAUCAGCAACUCCAGAUUAAUGUACAAUGAACCAAGGUUUUUUGUUGUUGUUUUGUUUUUUAUCAAUUUUAAACUUGCCAAUUAGAAAAUUAAAGCAGUUGCUAUACAACAGGAAAUAUUUCUUUGAGGAAGGAUCGCUUGUGGGUAUCCUGUGGCUAAAAAGCAUCUUUCUGGCCCACAGUUAAAUAUGUCCAUCUUUAGCUUAGGAAGUCAUAAAAAGCCAUUCCAAGGAUGACUGGCUAUUCCUUAUAAUCUGCCUCUAUUUGAAGAUGUACCUUGAGGUAAAACAUGUUUGUUUUACCAGUUAGGAUACAGGAUAAAUGGUUUAAGGAAAAAAAAAAAAAGGAAACCUUUAAAACAGUGGCUCAACCAAGAGAGACAUUGAUUUUCUCUCCUAAAACAAUCUAGAAGUAGUCACCGUUGACUAGAACUUAGCACAUGUUCACAUCCAGUUCCCAGCAAGGCUGGGAGAGCAGCCUUUAGGUGGCAAGCCUCGAGCCCACUACACUGCACCAGUCUGGGAGAGUGCUACUGGGAGACAAACUCCCAUCUGUCACCUGUGUGUUGUCACACCUAAGACUCACAGGUAACAAACAUUCAUAAACCUGAGGAGUAGGAGAGCCACCAGCUUCACGCCCAGGUCUGCUUGACUUGAAUGAGAAUAAAUCUUUGAGGUGGAAUGAAAAAUGUGAGCUUCUCACUAUGGUCUUUAAAUGUAUACAAUUGAGAGAUAACUGAAUACUGUCCAUCCUAUCACCUUAGCACAUACUCACAUGUAAUCAAUGAGUGUAAAUUUGUUGCAGCGUGAAUAAGAAACCACUCUUGUAGUUUUAAUGUCUUCGCACCCCACCAAAAAGAAACAUUUGAAAACAAAUUAAAAAAAAAAAUAAAAGAUAGAAUCCCAGAUAGGUUAUGAUGAAAACAAACACAUUCAAAUCACUGGCUUGGCAGAUUUUCAAAAAUCCAGUGGACUGAGGAGUAUAGUUCAUUGGAAACCUUAUUUGAUUUAAAGCUGAAGCUUAUUUAAAACAGUUAAUGUUGGACCACCUCAGGAAACAGUGACCUCUCUCUCACACAUACACACACCACACACAUUUAUUCAGAAGCAGGGAAAUACUGGUUGAGUAAUUAUCAAUGAU